AUGUCCAAACACGACCGGGAGCAACAUGCUCUGUAUCUCAAGGACCAAAUUCAGGGGCUGGAGGAGGUGAUUCCGGACCAGCAGGAGGAGGUUGAUAGCAAUCAGGAGAACUACGACGAGGCCAUGGAGAAGGUCGAGGCUGCCCAGCUUGAAGCCGACGAGUACAAGGGCCAUCUUGACGAUGCUGUGGCCCGCCUAGAGGGCAGCCAGGAGGAGCUGGAUGAGUACAAACGAGAACUUCGAGAUCUGGAGCAUGAGGGCAAAAAGAAGGCCAAGCUCGAUCACGACCAGGACAAUGACGACUCAGACGACGAGGAAGAAGGCGACGAGGAAGAAGAAGAAGAGGGCGACGAGGAUGAGGAGGACAUUGAGGGAGCUUUUGUCAUCAAGUUUUAG